AUGUUCAUGGUUACUUUUUCAGCGCCCAUUUUUGGUUUUUGGUUGGUUUUUUUGAGGUGUAAAGUGAAAACUGCAAAAUAUUAUAUUUGCACAAAAAUUGCGUUAUGCCGGAAUGAAGCAUCAAUUCGUCCUUUUAUACAGUGGCGACUUUUGCCUAUAGUGUGGAGAGAGCUGUGGCGUGGUGGCGUGACCAUGGCUCAUAAAGGUGAUUACCUUUAUCAGUUAGGAAACUGCAGAUAUCGUACGUCGGAUGACGUCAAAUAUUAUUAUUUGUUUACAUAA